UACCAGGCUCUCGCAGUUUUCAAUAUGGCGGCGGUCUGAGCGAUUGAAUCGUUCAUCGACGUGCCUGCAUCUGCCUUCUUUCACUGGUUCUGUACGCGCACAAAUCUCAAAAUGCCAACAGUGGUACUUCUUGAUGUCUCACUUUCCAUGCUACGGCGCGUUCAAACGCCUGAAGAUGAGUUUGUAGAACGCCGUCAUCUUGCUAUGCGCGGGCUUCACGUUUUCUUUGACUACCUAUCAAGCAAGUUUAAGUUGGAAUUCUCAGCUUUAUUGGCCUUUUCAUCUUUAUGGGAGAUUGUUGUACCGUUUACCAGAGAUUACCAAGCACUAAAGCAGGGUUGUAUAACAGUAGAUGUCUACGACAAGACAAGUUUUGACAAUGGUUUUAGUGGUGUUGUCGGCCAUGUUAUUGAGGAGUGGGGCACCUCUGUGCCGUGUCAAGUGAUCCUUGUUACAGAUGGCCGCACGGGGUCUGGUCAGGGAUCGCUCAAGGAGCUUUUAGAAGGGAAGAGAAAGGAGAAUCCUGACCAACCUUCCCCAUUUCCCAUCCCGUUUCCUUGUAAAAUACAUGUUGUAUGCAUUGCAACAGCAAAUGAACUGGGAGGGGAUCUGAUGCUGUUUCAAAGACUUUGUGAUUCUGCAGGUCCUGGAGGAAGUGUUUAUGUGCCUGACAUGCCACUCAGUGUCCAGUCAGUCCAGAAUGUUUUUACGCGCCUUGCUCAAACUCAUUACAUAAGCUACGAGGGAACUCUGUCAUGUGGCCAUUUGCAAUCCAAAAUAACACUGUCACCGGCACCAGAUUUAACAAGCAUACUUGAGACAUCUAAGAAAACCACAGGCCAAGAGAAGAUGAGGAGAAUGCCAAAUGAACUGUCAAUAUGUGGUUUUCUCGACGUUGCAGAUGCUGGAAGCCCACCACAUAUAUCUCGUCAUCUUGUGAUUCCAGUUCCAACAUCAUCCGCAGAUAGCAAGGAUAAAGAAGGAGGAAAGGAGACUGUUAGAGACACUGAUGAGGACGGUAAAACUCCUUCCUUCUGUGUACUUCUACAUGGAAGUUUGAAAGUAGAGAAAAUGGUGGCUAUUGUCAUGUUAGACUCUGACUGGUUUGGAAUGCUUCAUUCUUGGGCAGACAGCAAAAAGAAAUCCAAUCUUGUUCUCACAACAUUCUUUCCGGGCGAAAACAACAUCUCAUGGCUUGGUAAUAUGCAGAAACUUGGUCCAGCCGCAGAACUCGACUCCAAUCCAUAUCAGACUUCAGACAAUGAUGAAUCUGAGACAACACCCUUUCCAGUUUUGCCAAGUCAGAGGAGAAGCUACAAUUCACAAGCCAAUGUUGUCUGGAUCAAACCAAGUGGAUUACAGUCUGAUGUCCAGAAGCUGUUGCGGUAUGCAAAAAGACUUCCUGAAAAGCAAGUCCAAUUUUAUAAGGAACUAAACAGACUGCGCCGUGCUGCCUUGUGUUAUAGUUACUUGGGUCUUCUAGAUGUACUGGCGAGUAUGUUAGACAAAGAAUGUCACAAGGCAACUGAUGAGGUAGCUCGCCAGUUACGACAUGCCUCACAAAGUCUUAGAAGUGCUCCAAGUUUGGAUUUAAACAAGCCUAUCACUCCAGCUCAAGAUUAAACCUGCUGUUGGUUAAUUUGUCCGAUGUAAACAGCUUUUUAGUUUUUCUGACACAGAUAUAACUUAAUUAGAACAUUCUGAGGCAGAGUUAAGAACAGAUCAGGUGUACUUUCUAUGUACAGAUGUAUGCAAUGGUUGGUUCAUAGCUAAGUAACAGUACUGUUUAUGAGUGGACAACUGCUGCCAUUUUUUUUUGUUUUAGGCACUGCAAACAGUUUGUUAGCUGACCAUAACUUACAUCUACAGUACCCUUGAUGAAGAGGGCUAUUAUAACAGGUAUCAAAUGCAAUUAAAUGCAGUUUAAUGGAGUGAACAAGAAAGAGAAUCAGCAUUCUCUAGUAGUCUCUGCUUGAGGCAUUCCUGCAUGCACUUUCAUUGAGUGUGAACUUGCAGCUUUGAGAGGAGUGCCAGCUCAUCAUCCAGGCAGUUUUCCCCACCCCUUCCCUCCCUCUUUCCACUGUUCAUUCAGUUUGAUGGGCACCUGAUUCCCUUUCCUGUGUGGGGGCCCAUGGCUGGGUUGCCAGGAUUUUCCAGCCAUGGGAGAAGUCUCGAUUCAGGAGCUGGCUGCCAAUAGUGAAAGCUCCUGGAAAUUUCAGGCACCCAACCUUCACUUAGUGAUACAGUUGUUAAAAGUUAGUUAUCAUCAUUCGAAUCUCUGCAAAAUAGCAGAAGAAUAGCCAAAGAACAAUGGCUGAACGUGGUUGAAAAUGCUUUCAGUGUACAUCAGCUAUGGCAUGAAAUGUCAUCAACUUAUCUUUGUUCACUAUAAACAGCAUUAAUAGCAUGAAUUAAAAUCAAGGUCGGACAGUUCAAGUGUAUUGAAUUUUAUUGUCAUCAACAACUUGACAAGUUACAUUUACUGGGCACUCUUUAACUCAAUGAAACCUGAGAUUUUAUUAAAACCACUCUGACUAACUUUA